GCACUGAAUCUAGGACUCCUCACAUUCCCAGAAAAACAAUGCAAGGAGUCCCACAAGGGGCUCCAUGGCCAGAUUUUUAUUUUACGCAUCCGUUCCGAAUUCAAAUGACUUUUGGCUGUCCUCAGUGUGUCUCGACAGUCUGGGCAUCGCCGACGGCAGCGUCGCGGACCCUUCCUUCAAAGCCUCCUCCUCAAUGGAAGACGCCACCCCAGAAAAAGCCCGCCUCAACGGGGAGUCCUGCUGGAAGCCGUCAAAAAAUGCCCUCGGCAGCUGGAUCCUGGUGAACCUCGGCUACACGAGAAAGGUGACUGCGAUCUUGACCCAGGGCUGUAAUAGCACCGAUACUCGCUCCUGGGACAUCCCACUUGAGAUGAGACUGAGCGUUGAUAGGAAGAAGUGGACCAAACACCCGGACGGGAAGUUCAUCGGCGGUGGGACUCAUCUGCUUGAGACGCCCGCGUUCGCUCAGUACGUCCUCAUCCUGCCGCUGGAGAAUCGUCCAGAAUUUGGCCUCCGCUUUGACAUCUUGGGAUGCGCGCAUGAAGAUGAGACGACCUGCGCCAGAAAGUUCAACAGCGUCCGCUUCACCGAUUCGAUGACGUUCUACUGUCCGCCCAGGUGUGGCAAAGAGGAACACUUUGUCGCUGGAACAUUGGUCUACUCGGAGGACUCGCACAUCUGCGCGGCCGCCAUUCACGCCGGCGUCAUCCGGAACGACAUCGGAGGAGAUUGUAUUGUGAUGAGAGCUCCCAAACAGCAAGUCUACACGGGCUCCACCGGGAACAGGAUCACCUCCAGACAGUGAGUGGUCGACCUUCACGGAAAAGUCCCAUGAAGAGCCACCGGCUAAUUAGCGCUUUACUAUUUGCAGUUUGAACGACCCGCUGGGUGUGUCUCACACCUUUGCGGACGGGGAGCCCAGAUGCGCGGCACCUGACUGGGAGGAGUUUGCCGGGUUCUGCUACAAAACGUUUGAGGGCAAAAAGAAAUGGGAUGAUGCGCAACUCGUCUGCCGUAGUCUUGGUGCCGAACUGGUGUCCAUCCGCAGCGAGAUGGAGCAGGCGUCAGUGAAAAAUGUCUCCCACCUUGAAACCAGCGACAUGUGGACCGGACUGAACGACCUGGCGCUUCCCGGCACGUUGGUGUGGUCGGACCGCCACCAGGUGACCUUCACCCACUGGGCCGCGGGAGAACCCAUCCAGCGCGUCGGCCUCGACAAACACUGCGUGGCUGUGUUACGGCAGACUGGAAGAUGGAAGCCAAUGUCCUGCGCCCAAGUCAACAGCUUCAUGUGCAAAAUGCCCACAGCGCAUUUUCCAAUUGCCUCACCGGAGCCACAGGUGGCGCCGUAGAGUCCGCCUGGCUGUGUCUGUUCCCAACGGCCCAAGAGCCCAUGGAGAAAAUUGACAAUGCCAGAAAGUCAUCAUCGAAGACAAAGAUUGAAUGCCCUUCCUACUCUGCUCCAAAGAAAUAGUAUCACCAUUGUCACAAAACCAAAAAAACACAAAAAGACAGAAAAUAUCACUAGCUAAGGCCGACAACAUAUCCGAAGGCCUGGAGAGAGAACUUAUCUUAUCAUAAGUGUUUUUAGCAUUUAGCUUAGCUGUUGUCAGCCAACUAGAUGUCGUGUCCAGAUGCAAUGUGAACGAGCGUGCUAUGUUCACUUGCACUCGACUCUACUUGGUUUGUCCUUUUCUCUUUUUUUCGCGCGCUUGACUUAACUUUGACUGCCUUUUCGUAAAGUUACUGACUCUAAGAGCAAAACACAUUGUACAGAAAUUCCAGUGCUUUCAAAGAGCCCAAUCGUAAGAACGGGAGAGACGAGAAUCGUCUCGAGGCUGGAAUGAAAGUCCAAAGUCGGUUAUUGCUAUCUUUCAUGGUUUUGUUUUUAUUCGUGUCGUGUUGUCUUGUCCUCAUCGCCUUUAAAAAGCGAGCCCGGACUUGACAGCUUUUUGUUUGAAAGAAAA